AAUAUUACCCUAAACACUUGCUCUUUACCUCCCUUCUCCCUCCAGGCAUUGGAGAGGGCGGCUGUCAAUCAGGCAGCACCCCUGCACGGCUCAGCAGCAGUGCAACAGCGACAAGCAGACAAGCCGAGGGGAGAGAUGGAGGAGGAGAUGCAGCCGGCAGAGGAGGGGCCCUGCCUCCCAAAAAUCUACAAGCAAAGGAGCCCCUACAGCGUCCUCAAAACCUUCCCCAGCAAGAGGUCCCUGAGCAGAAGGUACGAGAGACCCACCAUGGUGGAGAUCCCACAUCUGGGGGCGCAGCAGCAGCGCACACACUUCCAGCAGCAGCAGCACCAUCCGACCUCCAUCAGCAACAGCGAGCAACAGCCGCAUCACUACCAGCAGGCGCACAGCUCCUAUCAGAACGGGCCCAACAGGGCAGCCACGUCCACCUCCCAGUGCCAACAGAGAGGCGGGGGGCCCGCUGGGCAUCUGGGCUCCUCCAACAGGUUCUGCCCGCAGCCGGCCGCCGGCCAGAGCCCCCUGGAACUGAGUGCAGAAAGCCGAAUGAUACUGGAUGCGUUUGCCCAGCAAUGUAGCCGAGUUCUAAACCUCCUAAAUUGUGGGGGGAAACUUCUGGACUCCAAACCUCCACAAUCAUUGAUGUCUUGUAUAAAACAGGAGAAUAACAGUUACAAUGACAGGCCAGACCAGUGCCAGUUAAGUAAAGCGUUCCAUUACCAACCUUCAGAGAAAGCAGAUGUAGAAAUGCAGUUUGUAAAGAAAAAACAGCAGACUUCCGCUUUCUUGCGGGUCUUCACAGAUUCACUUCAGAACUAUCUUCUAGCCGGUAACUUCCCUGCGCGGAAUUCCUCUUUCACUAAUGACUAUGGACAUUUGACUGAUAUGGACACAAUCUCAUCCUCUCCAGUACAUACAAUGGGUGGAUGGACAUCCCCAGCAACCUCUGAAUCACAUGGUCAUCCGUCUUCCUCCACGCUUCCAGAAGAGGAAGAUGACGAUGAGGAAGAAGGUUACUGCCCUAGGUGCCAAGAGCUGGAGCAGGAGGUGAUCUCUCUGCAGCAAGAAAAUGAGGACCUUAGAAGGAAGUUAGAAAGUAUACCAGUGCCCUGCCAGACGGUGUUGGAUUAUUUGAAGACGGUACUUCAACAUCAUAAUCAGUUUCUCAUACCACAGCCGGCUGACCAGCCAACAGAGGGCAGCAAGCAGCUGUUGAAUAACUACCCUGUCUACAUCACCAGCAAACAGUGGGAUGAGGCAGUCAACUCUUCGAAGAAGGACGGGCGGCGGCUUCUGCGAUACCUCAUUAGAUUUGUAUUCACAACAGAUGAGCUUAAAUAUUCGUGUGGCCUUGGGAAAAGGAAAAGGUCAGUGCAGUCAGGAGACACUGGUCCUGAGAGGCGUCCCCUGGAUCCUGUUAAAGUUACAUGUCUCAGAGAGUUCAUUAGGAUGCACUGCACAUCAAACCCCGACUGGUGGAUGCCUUCAGAAGAACAGAUAAACAAAGUGUUCAGUGAUGCUGUAGGACAUGCGCGCCAAGGUCGUGCUGUGGGCACUUUCUUCCACAAUGGAAAUUCAUAUUACGAUGGCAUAGACCAGCAGGUUUGUCAGGAGGAGGUUUUCAACCGAAGUUCUCUUGAUGGAUCUGGAGAUUGAUGUAAGAAGAAGCAAAAAGCACUGUGACGUUUUAACAAGAUAAAAAAACAUGUUAGCCACAAAAAAAUGGAAUCAAUUAGUGUAAUAGUUCAGUCAGUGUGUCUUUAAUGUUCUGUCACUGCGGUGGGUGCCUGGAACACAGUGCUGGGAGAAGGCCCUCCGAGCAGUCAAGCCUCUCAAAGAACCCAAAGUAUUCUUGGAGCCAGAUGUUGUUGUCCGUGUGUCACCUCAGUACUGCACCAGGGACCUGAGCUCUGUUCCGUGACUGUUACGUUCUGUUAGAACUACUGAAUAAUGCAGCGUUCAGGCCCUGAAUCAAGCUAAAGAGAAAUGUGUUGGUCUGUUCUGUAGAAUUAGCUUUAAUAGAAUUUGCAUUGUACACUAUACUAUUUAGUUAACUUAUGCAAAACCUGAACUUGUUAUAUAUCCUGUGUUCAUAAAAACUGUCACCACUACCCAUAUACCGAGUA